ACUGGAGGCGCGCGGCCUUUCCGCUGCUUCUGGGAGGCAGAGAAGCAAAAGCAGCAGCACCAGCAGCAGAAGUCAGUUGCAGUCAGUAGCAGGAGGUCGCGCGCGCGCUGCAGAGUACGGAGCUGCGCUGCCCGGAGAGAGCGAGCACGCGAGUGUGUGGAUGUGACCGCGGGAGCGCGCGGGACGACACGCCACGCCGCAGUUCCAGGACGAGCGAGAGUGUUCGCACGUGCACGCGUGGAUGUCCGGGGAUAUUUCGCGCAGCUGGAUGAACUGGAUCAAACCGCGAGCGCUGAACGAUGGUGAAGAGUGUGCACGGAAACCGAGCUCCGUACACCCAAACUGAUCUCUCCGGUUGCUCGAGUCCGACUGGAUUUUAAUCUCAGCGGUUAUUCCUCCUCCUUUUGACUCCAGGAUUGAAGCGUUUUUCUGCCGUUUUCUCUUUUCUGGUUGCCACAUGUUUGAUUAGUGUGUCUGAUGGCUGUGUGUCCGCCCCCCAAAGCCCCCCGCUGGGGUCUGUUCGUGCUGUUAGUGCUGAACGAAGCCGCGAGGAUCACACCUUUGAUUACAGGUACUGAGGCGAGCUGUGAUAAUGAAGGAGAGGUACUGCACAUCCCUCGCAUCACUGAUGACCCCUGUAUCUCCUGCGUGUGUCGGGAUGGGAAAGCCGACUGCAAGCAGGAGAAAUGCCCUCUAGUGGCAGAAGACUGUGCUUUGGUGGUUAAACAGACAGGAGCCUGUUGUGAAAGAUGUAAAGGUUGUCAACUGGAAGGGAAGGCCUAUAACAGCUCAUAUUCUUGGACUACUCCCACCAAGCCAUGCAUCACACGACGAUGUCAGGAAGGUGUAAUCACUGAGGCAGAAAUGCAGUGCAUGGUUCCCUGCAAGAAUCCCAAGAUCCACCCCAAGAAAUGUUGCCCAUCAUGUCCAGGCUGUAUCUUUGAGGGGCGUCUGUAUAAAGAGAGAGAGGAGUUCCACCCAGAGGGGAAACCGUGCAUCAAAUGCAUGUGUACUGGAGGCCGGACGAUGUGUCACAGGGAAGUUUGUCCUGUUCUCUCUUGUCCAGCUCACCUGAGCCAUACUCCAUUAGGCCAGUGCUGUCCCAGGUGUCAGGGUCAGAGGCAGGUAUUUGACCUUUCAUUUGGAAGCUGCUUGUUCCACAGUGAGGUCUACGAGAACGGCACGUCCUUUAGCUUUGAUAACUGCACGAUGUGCACCUGCCUGAACUCCACAGUCAUGUGCAGGAAACGCUGCUCCCCAACUGGAAGUUGCCAAGGGAGCACCUGCUGUCCGGAGUGUCUGUCCUACCUGAAAACGGAGGAUGUAAAGUACUGCAGAGUGAAGAACAAAAUCUACAGGGACGGCGACAGGUGGUCAUCUGUUAACUGCACAUUAUGCACCUGUGUGAAGGGGAACAUUGAGUGUCAGCCCAAGCAGUGUGUGCCAGUCACCAGCUGCCCCCCGAAUAAGAUACUGAACCGGACCGGCUGCUGUCCUGUUUGCACUGAAAAACCAGGCGUGUGCACAGUUUUUGGAGACCCACACUACAACACGUUCGACGGGCGCACGUUCAACUUCCAGGGCACAUGCGAGUACGUGCUGACCAAAGACUGCUCCGCAGCAGACAGCUUUACAGUGCUGGUGAAAAAUGAUGCGAGACGCACACGCUCCUUCUCCUGGACCAAGUCAGUGGAGCUGCGCAUGUCGGGCCUCACCGUUAGCCUGCACCAACACCUGACCGUCCGGCAGAAUGGCACUCGCAUCGCCCUGCCGUUCCACAGUACCGGCGUCCACAUCGACCUGGAUGGAUACCUGCUCAAACUCACCACCAUUGCAGGCCUGGAGAUUACGUGGGAUGGGGACAGUCUGGUGGAAGUUGUGGCUGCACCCCACCUAAAGGGCCGGCUCUGUGGCCUCUGUGGAAACUACAACGGGCAUAAGCGGGACGAUACCAUGGGUGGCGACGGGCAGUUUAAGUUUGAUGUGGACGAGUUUGCUGAGUCUUGGCGAGUAGAGGGUAACGAGGUGUGUGAGCAGCCAGCCCGCAGACCUGUAUCCUACCUUUGCCCUGCAUCUGUCAAAGUGAAGCUCCGAGCCCACCGCUCCUGCCACAAACUCAAGUCCUGGGAGUUCCAAAAGUGCCACCCAGUGGUGGACUUCGCCAAUUUUUAUAGGUCAUGUGUGACAGACAUGUGUGAGUGCCCAGUCCAUAAGAACUGCUACUGCGAGUCCUUCAUUGCUUACAGUCGGGCCUGUGAGAGGGAAGGAGCACCUGUUCUCUGGAAACCAGAACAGUCUUGUAUGACUACCCAGUGUAAACACGGCGCCAUCUACGACACUUGUGGUCCCGGUUGCACCAAAACCUGUGAUAACUGGAACGAGAUCGGCCCAUGUCUCAAACCCUGCGUGGCUGGCUGCCACUGUCCGGCGAACCUGGUCCUCUUCCAGGGUCGCUGCAUCAAACCCACCUCCUGCCCUGGCCGGUGACCCUUGUGACCCUGCUGAGGAUGCUGGGAAUGUCCAUGCCUGAGACUGGAGAGAUGAACCAGAUAUGCUUCAGGACAGAUGUGUUGUGUAUCUUCCCAGGUGUGACCUGAUGUUACCAACCCUGCGUCUGAUCAGGGUGUGGUACAGAAAACCUUCACUUUGGCCUUUGCCCUCCCUUCACUGUGUCAGUCCACACUAGCAUCUGUAGGACCCUCUGUGCACUCUGUUUAGAGGAAUACUCACAUCAGAGGAAGUGGAACAACUCACGUGACCCCUAUGCUAGCCUAUGCAUGCAUAAUGAGUCACACGUGAGCCAUUAUUGGUGUGGAUUGAGGCGUGUGGUGGUAUCUGGCCUCUGGACAACACAGAACCUCAGACUACAGGGAAGAUGUCAAACGUACACUGAACUCUGACAAUAAAGGGAUGCAUAUAAAACCAACAUGGAACAGUAGACCAACUUGGAAUUCAAAGAAGCUAAUUUUAUUAACGUUGAUGUAAAGGGAACUAUUUAUGUAUUUGUUUGUUGUUUAGAUUGUGCUGUUUAUUUUGUUUAUGCUGUGCCCACAGAGGAGCACCAAGAUGUGACCUGGCUCACAGGGAAAUGUACUGUGUAUUUGUUUGUGUGCAUUUAUUUGCACAUUUGAGUGUUUGAGUGUGUGUGGCUGUUUGUCUGUGUGAGUUUGUGUGUGUGUGUGUGGUGAAUUUUCUUUCACAACUUUCACUUGACUGGUAAGCAAUUAUUUAUAAACAGCAACACCUAAUCCUCUCGAAGAAAUGAGCUAAUUUCUUUAUGUGCUGCUGCUGUUUCUCUGGGCGAGUUCAUUCUAAGAUGGACCAAGUGCCUUCAGGCCUGAACAGCACCCUGCAGGAGCGGCAAGGGCCAAGGACUCAAAUUCAGGUUCUGUAACAGCACAGAGGGGCAAAAAAGGUUAGCGUUUGCCCCUAUGGUGGCAAAAAAGAUCAAAUUGCCAAAUCCUCAGAUUGGCUUUCCUUAUUUAAAAUGUGGAACAACUAACACGGUACCUGAUUAUCUUGAUGAUGAUGAUGUUGUUGAUGAUGAGAUGUUAAUGGCAUAAACAAUAAAACAAGUAUUCACUUUAAA